UAGCAACAUUAAACUCGCUGGUUUCAACUUCCGUUAAACACAUUCACGGGAAAUUCUUUAAUCGUUAAAAGGAAAUCCAGUUAUCUGGAAAAGAAAUAAAAUGCUAAGUGGAUAACACCAGCCAAAUGCGGUGGAAUUUUAACCGUUAAACGGUCUACUUGAAAAUGGCGGGAAUCUGUUUACCCAACCCAACAUUGAGUUUCCGGCGAGUUAAUGGAAUCAGAUGCUGUUUAGGUGCACCAGGUAAUGAAAAAUGGAACAGAACUCAAACUAAAACUAAAGCUCCACAAUAUUUGCAAUUAGCAGUAAGUGGAAUCACUGAGCUGCUAAGGCUCUUCUCCUUCUCUACCAAAGACAGGGUAAGCUUUGAAGAGAGUGAUGAUAUAUCUGUUUAUAGUGUUGAUGAUGUUGUAAUGAUACUUAAGGCUGAUUAUGAGAAUGCUUAUUUUGUUACAGGGGGUUUCACGUCUGCUAUUUAUGAUAAAGAUUGUAUCUUUGAAGAUCCUACUAUUAGAUUCCGAGGUACUGAAUUGUAUUCGCGAAACUUGAAACUGCUAGUUCCAUUCUUUGAAUCCCCAUCCAUUGGAUUAGAAAAUAUGGAGAAGAUAUGCACCCAAAAGCAGGUGCUCAGCUUGAGCCACUCCUUGAGAGCUAGAUUCAUAUUUUGCCGUCCAAUCAAGGGUGUCAAUACCGAGUCUAAUUUCUUGCUGGCGACGUGGAAGCUAAGAACUUACCUGAAAUUUCCGUGGAGACCCUUCAUUUCAAUUGAUGGAAGCACAAUUUAUGAAUUAAAUGAUAAGUUUAAAGUUGUUCGGCAUGCUGAGAGCUGGAAUGUUUCAGCACUCGAAGCGAUCGGCCAGAUAUUUACUCCUAGCUUUUGGAGAGCAGGUGAUUGAAUUUAAGCAAUCUCUAGAACUCUGAAUCUGCUGGAAAGUUCAUGUACUAGAGAUUCUUGAAAUGAUGAGCAUGCAUAAAAUUCAUUUAGUUACUAGGAUUGCAAGGGAAGUAUCGGCUUUAUAGACAUUCUAAAGUUUGUACACCUCAUUGCUUGCACAAAGGCUGCUGUACGCAAGCUUAUGCUUGACAGAUGUAAAAAGAAGCUACAAGACUGAAAUAUAGUUACUUUCUUUGUUGACCAAAAUACAAAAAAGAAAUUAAUGUUAAUUAUAGUUUUGUCUUACAGAAUAA